AUGUCAUCAGAUCGUUUUAAACGUAAAGAAAUUAGAACUUUAAAACAACGAUGGAUAAUGAAACACAAAGAUCGUGCGGAUGAUAUACCAAACUGUCCAUCUAUCGAAAGUAUUGUUAAUAUGCCAACGCCUAAUGAAAUUUCAUCAAUCGAGAAGAUAGAAAUCAGUAAUACUGUUGAUGAUUCUACGAUAUCAAAUGCUAAAUUAUCCGAUAAUACAAUGCAACAGCAAACGACAAGCACUGGGCAAGAAAAUUCCACAAAGUCGACAACCACCACUCAUGAAACACCCAUAAUACCGAAACGGUUAAUGCGACAUUACCGCAGACAAUACAGACAUCGCGGACGAUCUCAAAAAAGCAGCAGGCGUCGUACAUCAAAUACAUCAAAUACAGAUUCAUCUAUUUCAAGUAGCCAAAUUGCUAUUCAUGGUACAGCUUCCGAAAGACGUGAUGAUAUCCCGAUGUGUCCAGAUAUCGAUAAUAUCUGUGAACUUGAUCAAAGCGAAUUUGAUGAUGAUAUGUCUGUUCAUCGAUUUUCUCAUGCAUUCAAUCAAUUACUUGAUGAUUCUCUCCUUCUUUUAACCAAAUUUGUACAAUUGUUAAAGGAUCAUCCUCGUCCUGCAACAAUAGCAGGUUUUAUUGUUGCCAGCUAUUUGAUCAUUAGUUACUUGGAGCUUUCUAUUGCGGCACUUGUUGAAUUGAUUGCGCAAUCUAUUUGGCCAAUAUCCCAUGCUAUACUUCUGUUCAUCGAACGUUUUUCCAUAAAUUUUGGCUCAUUUAUGCAUUCCUCCGAUGAUAUUAUUAAGGGUGCAUACUGUGAUAUAGCAGAGAUUUGGUGCAAACAUUUUCAGAUGAUGUGUGCUGAUCGGUGCUCAUUUUUCAGUAUGGCAGUGGAACGAUUAAGAACAAAUUAA